AUGGGCGCCUGCAAAAGCAAACCGAAGGCCAAGCGGCCAGCCGAGGCCGAUGGCGACAACGUAGGCGCCGCGGCGCCGACUGCGGCCCCGGUGGAGGCCGACACAGAGAUGCAGAAUCAGGGAGCGGCGACGUCUCCGGAGGGCGACGCGCCGCCGAGUCAGGCAGAAGGAAAUGCAGACGCGCAGCCCGAGCUUGAAGGCGACGGGCAGCAAGGGCAGGCAGAGCCCGCGGAAGGAGCGGAUGGGUCUGGCGAGGCCGGCAAAGCAGAGACGCCUGGCGACGAGCCGGAGGGCGACAGAGCGGCAAAUCCGGCAGCAGGGGGCUACGACAUGAGUGCGGAGCCGGAAGUGGAUGUGAGGACAGUCGAAGGAGACGGCGUCGUGGGCGAGCUGGUGUCGAGACCUGUCGUCACGUUGGCGAACGGCGUCACGUAUGUCGGCCAGUGGCUCGGCACCAAGAAGCACGGCCAGGGCGUCCAGCAGUGGCCUGACGGGGCCAAGUACGUGGGCCAGUGGAAGAACGGCUUCGCAGAUGGCCAGGGCAUAUUUACACAUGCGGACGGGGACUACUACGAAGGCCAGUGGCGGAUGGACAAGGCGAACGGGUACGGCGAGUACAGACACUCGGACGGGAGUGAAUACCGCGGCGGUUGGCGAGACGACAAGAAGCACGGAGAGGCCGUCGAGAAGUGGGCGGACGGGUCUCACUUCGAGGGGCAAUACGCAAACGGAAAGAAAGAAGGCGAAGGCUCGUUCACCUGGCCCGAAGGGUCGCUCUACCGCGGCCAGUUCAGAGAGAAUGAAAUCCACGGACAGGGCCGGUACAUCUGGGCGGACGGUCGCUGCUACGAUGGACAGUGGGCGCACAACCGCAUGAACGGCGAAGGCGUCUUCACCUGGUCAGACGGGCGCAAGUACAUUGGAGGCUACGUGAACGACAAGAAGGAAGGCCAGGGAACGUUCUUGUGGACCGACGGCCGGUCCUUCCGCGGCGGCUGGCUGAACGGCAAGCAGCAUGGCAUCGGAGAGUUCACGGCUCGCUCCGGCGAAAAGAAACGCGGCGAGUGGGACCAUGGCGUUCGGAAGCGCUGGCUCGAAGACAACGAAGACGUCAACGAACAGGGGCAGGUCGUGAAAGCCGAAACCGGCGCGACCGCGCCAGAGAGCGCUCCAGGACGAACAGACACAAGCGGUCGGCCAGCCGGCAGCAGUGCCAGCCUGUCUCUACACCCGAGCGGCAGCGACGCGCUGAACGCCGGAGCGCAGGGAUCCCAGGCCAGCGGGUCCGGCAGAAACUUUCAGGGCGGGAACUCUGGCAGUUUAGAGAAUCCGCAAUUCCUCACGGUCAACGAGAGUGCGCCCGUCACCGCAUAA